AUGGUGCUUGUCGUUUACAGAUAUGUUACCACAAUGUUUAUGGCUCUCGAAGAUUACAACAAUCCUCCGGUAGUGAGUAGUGCUAAUUCAGAAUUGGUGAACAAGUAUUUCAAGCCCAAGAUUGCCACGACGCCAAGCUCAAUCCAAGUCGAGGAUAUGACGGAGCAAGAGCUUAGAGGAUAUGAUGGGUCUGACCCCCAUAAGCCCAUUCUUAUGGUCAUCAAAGCUCAGAUCUACGACGUGUUUAUACGCUCUGUUUACAUUUUGGGGCACAACCAAAGAACCUUACUGGAAAAGAUGUCAUCGAAAGUUAGAGACUUCGCCGGAGGAGCAAAGCUAAAGUUCCAAAGAAGGAAAAGUUUGAGGAGUAACCCCAAUAAGCCCCUUCUUAUGGUCAUCAAAGCUCAGAUCUAG